UCAGUAGGUUGGAAAGAAUUCUAACGAUUUUGAUUAUGGUUCUUUGAAGGCUCAGUUAAUAUGCUCUUUGGAUGAAGUAAGGAACAAGACUAGGUUUUCUAUAAAGAGUGAAAGGCUCACUUGGGUUAGAGAUUCAGAAAUUUCUACUGAUGCCAGCCUACUACCGUGUUACCAGCAGCAGUGUGUUGAAAGAAUGCCCUACAAUGACUCCACAGAAAAGCCACCAUUGUACAGAGAAGCUACAACAUUUCAAAAGGCUUGGAAAAGUAUAGAUGUAACUGCAGCAGAGGAAGUCAGAGCCCUACCUGAUAUUGUUGUUCCUGAGGAAACGAGGAGUAAUAUCUUGGAAUGCCUGUCAGAACACCGACGAGGCCGUCAUGAUGAAGCGCUAACCUCCAUGUAUCAUGAGCUUGCCUGCAUUGCUAGGGAGAUGGAACCCUUUGUUUUGGAGCCUGGAAAAUUACUUCUGGCAAAACUGAUGGAAUCUGAUAGAAAAAUUGAACUUCUGUUUAAAAAGAUUGAGUUUGACUCUACUCUGGAAGGUUUCUCAGUUGAAGGUUUGGAAGAACUGUGGAAUAUCAUCCAGCAGGAAUCCUUGACCAGAAGGAAGUGGAUUAGGGAAAUGGAUGAAUCCCUAAAAAAGGUUGAAAGGAGUCGAGCUGAUAAAAUGAUUAACAGAGCACUGUUGGCUAAUCAGAGGGCAAUUGCCAAGCUGUUCUUUAAUCUAAUGAAAUCAGAGAUGAAGACGGAAUUAUCACAUCAUUUGAAAUGGCAAGAUAGAGUCAAGGACUGGAAGUUCAUCCAAAAGAACUAUGUAGUUCACAGUUUCAGAGAAUUUAUGGCAAAUGAAGAAAUACAGAAUCCCGCAACUGUGAAAACAGAAAUGGAAAAUAUGAUAAUGGAUCAGAUUUUACUCAGUGAAAGAAGACUGGAGUUUUUGCAGCACCUUGGUGAUUUGUUGCCUCCAACACACACGAACACUGAGGUAAAUGAAUGGUACAGAUCUUUGGUGAAUUUAAACAAAAGUAUAGAUACCCACAAUGUGCAGUGUAUGAUGAAGAUACGCAUCCAGUAUGAGAUGGUCCAGCAAAAAUGUUUGGCAGAAGUGCAGUUAUGCAAGAAUAACCUGUUGAAUCUGAAUGUUUGCACAAAAAAAGAGGCUGAAGAACUUGUGAAUUCUGAGUUACUUCCGUUGACUGAGAAACUACAAAGUCAGUUUGAAGAAGAACUGGAGCAUAUGGAUAGAGACUUCGAGGAGCUGGCUAAACAGAAUGAGCAGAAUUGUAGAAACUUGUACAGCUAUUUUAAAGAGGCAAUGGAUCUCUGGGAUGUCCAUCAACUCAAACUGUCCCAGCAGGAAGGUGAACUUCAGAAGAAAUUAGAUGAAUGCAGAUGGAAACAGGAUAACUCAAUACAGGUGAUGGAAGCUAAUCUAGAUAUAAUUUUGGAUAAAAUGAGAACAGCGAGCUCUGAAGAAAAGCUGAAGGAAUAUUUGGAGAACACCCUUUCUUCUUUAGAUGACAUUAGAGCUAGGUAUGAGACAUUCAACCAAGUUCUAAUGGAUAAAGUAAUGGCUUACCCAGAAGCUAUUUUGUGGGAAUUGCUUUCUUACAGUAUAUCCAUCAGCCAAUAUUUUAAUGUAAAGGAAAUCUUCAAACAGAACUUGCAAGGAAAGACAGACUCCACAUUUCAAGAUCAAGAACUAGUUAAGGCUUCAGAAGCUGAACAUCUGGUGGAGCAGCAAGCUGAGAGCAUUGUGCAAGAAAAUGAAGGAGAGGAAAAGACGGAUGGUUGUCAACAAGAAAAUGAAGAAACAAACACAGCUGAGAAUGAGAAGAUCUUUGCACAGGAAACUGAAGAAACAGAGGAAAAAGAAGAUGGGAAGAGUACUCCUCAUGAAAGCGAAGAAACUGAACAUGCAGAACAGAGGGCUAUGUUCAACAGCGGCAAGGCAGAAAGCUCUGAAAUUGCUGUGGAGACCUUUUCCACUUCUAGUGAAAACUCUUACACAGUUCUUGCAGCUGAAAAGGCAGGAAAGACUGACAUCCCAGAGACUUAUUUUACAAAAUAUGAAAAAAAAGAACCACUUCCUAUGUACCUGAAAUAUGUACUUAUCAAAGAAACCAUGUUUGUAGAGCUGAAAAAACGGAUUCGCCUCUGCUUUUUUGAACACUUGGAGAAAUGGUUUGCAGAGUCCUUGCCCAACUCCUGUGCCUUUGUAGCUGCCAAGAAAGAGGAGCUGAAUUCAGAACUUCAGCUGCGUCUUCACUUGCAUCAGCGAAGGCAGGAAAAUAUAGAGACACAUAUCUACAAUGUUAGAGCUGUGGAACUGUUACUUCACAAAGAGCGUCUAGAGUGCCACUGUGCUGGGGUGGUGGAAGCUCUGAAAAACGAGAGAGCUGAAUUUCUCAAAUUUUGUGAUCAGCAAAAUAACAUCAGCAAAAACUUACAUUCGCGAAUCCGUGACAUAGAAUCUGUCUUCCUCAGUGCUCCUAUGACUGAGAAGUUAGUUUCUUUCAGCAACAGUCUGCACUCAGAGCUACAUAAUCAUCUGGAAGUGAUCCAGGUUUCCCUGAGGAGUUACCGGAACUAUUUGGAGGAAGCUUUAGGAAAAUUAAGGGAUUCAAAUGUGGAUUUUCUCAAAGCUUGCAGAUUAUUUUUGGAGGGAGGUAACUUUUCUCCUGAGGAGGUAAAGUAUUUCAGCAAGCGUCUUCAGGAAGAAAGUAAGCGUAUUGACUCUUUUGAAAGUUUAAUCAAGAGAGAUAUGGAGAAAAUGGAAUCAAGCUAUUUGGAGCAGGCUACUGAACUUAUCAACCAGUCUGAAACAAAGUUUCGUUAUCUCUUUAUGAAUCGAGUCUUUGUGGAGAAGAUCCAACGAUUUCUGACAAAUCUACAAGUGCAAAUCAAAUCAGAGGUAGCAAGUUCCAAUUUGCAGGCAGUGACAUUAAACUCUUAUCUAGAGAAGCUCCAUCAGAAGAUAGAUGCUUGUGCUCAUCCUACUGCAGAAAAAGAAGCUUUGACUUCUGAAGAGUUGUAUGAUUUUGCCAUAGUAGUGUUGAAAGAACUGAAAAAGAGGAGCCAGUAUCUCGACUGCUUGCUAGUAAAAGCUAGUAAAAGCCUGCAUGAUAGUGAGGACUUUACCCCUCUUGCAAUGGAUGUUACGUUACAAGGUCCAAUUGCUGUUGCCAUUCGAACAGAGUGUCUCAGAGAUGAGAAUAAAGUGAUGGUGAUGGGGCUGGAUCCUGUCAAAUUUCCUUUGUUAAAUCCAAGCAGAAUGGGAAAGUCUGCAGUUGAUGAUUUAUCAAUAAGCGUUAUCAAAAAUUUACUUGAAAUUCAGCCGUCCAGAAAAUCUUCAGGCCUAAAUCAGGAGAGAAAUGAUCACUCAGAUUCAUUAGGACCAGCAAUUCUUCCCACAUCAAAGAAGAAUGCUCACUUAAAUGUAUCUGAUGAAGGUCCUCAGAUCUCUGCUACUUACAGCCAUGCAGGUCGGACGACCAAGAAGUCAACUUUUAACAAAAAGUUGCCAAAAGGAAGGAAACAGAAAUACACCAGACCAGUCCUCAGUGACAAGAGAUUCCAGAUAUUUGGAGAGAAACCUCCAGAAUCUGAUACUUUUAAAGGGAUUAUUAUGAAUAUUCUCUGGACAGGUAAUAACAGCUUGCUCUGCCUUGCUGAGGAGUUCUACCAAAAAGAGAACCCUCAAAUCACAAUGCUUGAAGAUCUGCCAGAGACAUUUGAACAUUGUGCAGAAGUGCUCAGACAAAAUCUAUUGUCAUACCAAAGGCAGACAGAUGAUUACUACAAUUCCUGUCUUACAGAAUUUCAGGAUCAGUUGAAGUUGUUUGAGAAGGAGCUCCCUUAUGUCUCCCAGUUGGCAGUUGAUGGUCUUUUAAAAGAACAUGAGCAGAAGCUCAGCUAUUCCACUGGUCAGAUUCGGCACCUCUUCAAUAGACAGCUGGAAGACUGGGAGAAUGAGAAGACUGCGCACAAGAAUCAAUUACAUCCCUCCUUGGGACACCCAGACAACUUACUUCAGCUGGACACUUUGUGCCAAGAGGAAAUAAAAAGGCAAAAAGACCAAGCUGAUGGUAUUCGUCUCAAUACACAGAUGCUGCAGGACUGUGCUGUGGAGUGUGCUCAGAACUUUUUUUCUGCACUAGCUGCCUUGACUGAAAAGCUGCUUCUCGAAUUAGAUGAAAGUAUCACUAUUGAUGAUGUACAAGUAGCAAAAAUUGAAAUACCAAGACAGAAGACAUCCACUUUAAUCCGUCGUAAACAAGCUGGACUUCCUCUAGAAAUCUCUGAAGUUAAACAGUUAAUUGAACGUGGGAGCAGGACUUGGCCAGGAAUAUCCAUGACUACUCUUACAGACAAUUCAGACUAUAUUCUUUGCAGAGAAACUGCAUCAGUUACAACAGCUAAGACUACACUGGGCCACGUAGCAGCAGUAGAAGCAAGAGAUGCUGUGUAUAAGAAAUACAAAUGUAGACUUGAGCAGCAGUUUGCCCAGAUCAAGGAAGAAAGUACAGCUCAGCUGCUGACAAUUCAGCGUUGGGAAGAUUGGUGGAAACGAUCCAUCCAGAAGAUUAAGCAACUCUAUACAUGA